AUGUUAUUUAUAUUAUUAGUUAUUACUUAAGUGUAUUCUUAGGAUGAAUAUUUAUGUGGUAGAGGGGAAAGAUAGUCUCCUAUUAGUAUUACAGACACAUUUGUAAAUAAUUAAUAAUAUAUAUUUCCUUUAUCAGGAUGCUAAAUACUAUAAACUUGAAUUAAGAUUUAAAGAUGAUGUUCUAGUAGGGCAAAAGGAUAAUGAAAGUCAAUCUAGACGAUAUAUUUUUACUGAUGAUCCAACUAGGCAAAUUCCAGAAUUUAGAAUGUUAGGGCAUGAUCCUCAUGGAUUAAUGGUUGGUUAUAGACCAAGAGAAUUUUAAUUAAUUGCUCCAGCUGAACAUUAGAUAUAUGAAUAAAAUUUUGAUUUAGAACUUGUGAUUUGGGGAGACUUACUAAAUAUUUACAAGAAUCCCAAUAUUAAAGGAGGGCUGUCUUUUUUUUUUAAAGUAAUUGAUUAGAAUGAAAUAAUUUAAGAAAAUCAAACAUUGAUUACUUAUCCUUAGGUUUUUAAUGUAAAUUUAAUCCAUAUUUCAAGUUAACUGAAGAAAGAGAUUAAUUAUCAAUAAAUAUGAUUAAUUUGGCUUCUCAUUUAAAAAAUCAUGAAAAAUAUAUUACUUACAGAGGCAGCAUAACUUGGGGAAAUUGUGAUGAAAUUGUAGAUAGAUUUUUAAUACCUCAAGUAUUCCCAAUAUCUUAAGAUCAAGUACAAAAAUAUAUUUAAUUUUUAGUUAGAUCAAAUAUUAGCUGUGAAAUAAAUAAAUAAUCCAUAUCCUUUGUAGGAUAUUCAUAAAAGAAGGAUUGUAAAGGGAAGUUUGAUAAUAGAUGAUGAAACAUCAGCAAAUUAUAAUCCAAUCUAUAGAUUUUUGUCCUUGACUUUUAUAGCCUUUUUAUUUUUUUUAAUUUUUGCUCUUUUUAUUAAGGAAUAAAGAGAAAAAAGAAGGAUAGAAUAGUCUAAGAAAUUCAAAAGUGGAAGUUGA